AUGGUUACAGCGGAACCUUCCUUUCACUCUGCGGGGAAGCUUUUCCGUGUGGCACAUUCCGUGCUCUGCCAGUACUGCCCCCCAUGUGGUGAGAAGAUGCUGCCUGUCAGGGGAGGCGCCCUGCUCAGAUCCACCGCAGCCCUCUGCAGGAUUGCAGGACGCAACGGCUUCCUGAGCAGAGAUAAUGGUUUCCUGAUAGAAAACAGAAGAACCCACAGGACAAAACCCACUCAUAGCAUCGGCCGCUACAAGUUCCUGUUACCCCCAGAAGUGGAACAAAAGAAAAAAGGCAAGUUACUAAAAAAGGAGAUCAAAGCAGGUACAGAGUAUGAAUACGGAACCUUAAACAUCCAAGUGUCAGGGCACAACAUGCUCUACGUGGAACACUUUGCUCAGUACAUGCAUAACCUCUUCAACCAGAUGUCCAUUAAAGUGGAGGAAAGUUACGCUAAACCCACCAAAACCAAAGAAGUGCUGCUGAUGCCGGACGUGGGGAACAAGAUGUUUGUGGACUCUGUGCUGACGGUCCAUGAGAGGGUGGUCCAGGUCAGUGGUCUCAGCGCCACUCUGGCUCCGAUUAUCAUCGAAGUGUUGACCUUGAAUCAACCGGUAGGGGUCAGCCUACUGGUUAAAACGCACACGGAGGUGGACUACCUGGAGAGAUUCAAGGCCCGGCCCGAUCUGGACAACCUGAGAGCUUCCAUGACCUGAGACGUCGAGAGGUCGUCCUCCAUCUGCUCAACAGUAGAGACUGUAUAAUCAUCUCCACGUGUCACCACCGAAUCCACACGUCGUGUGACCGCAGGAUAGCAAAAAUAAUAGAAAUGCCAGUAUUUAAAAUAAAAUAUCCUUUUUUUU